UUUGAAUGACAAAAAUUAAAAUUAAAAAUGUAAUUAGAACAGGAAUUUAUUUGAAGAUAAAAGAUGUCACAAUUUCAUGAGCAAAGAUAUAAACGAUGGAAUGAUUCUAAUUUACAUGAACCUUGUUUCUACUGCACACCAACAUCAGAAGAAGAAGUACCUCUGUGUGCAUCGCAGUUGUUGUCGCCUCUACUUUCAAUAACACAUCAAUGUAAACCUUUCGAAAGAACUUCAUCACAUUAUGGUUUAUGCGAUAAGCAGAAUAAUGGAAGAACGAAGCCUUUAAGUUUUUACGAAUCACAAAAUCUUAAGGCAAUAUUUUAGUAUCUUUAUUUGCAAGAUAAAAAAGCUUAUGAUAUAUUGAUAUAUAUUACUUAUAGAAAUUGAAUUGUUUGAAAUGUCAAGAAUUUGAAAAAAUACGAGGAAAUUUAGAAUUACAUUUAGCAGAAACUCAAAUAGAAGAGGCUUUAGCAGAAGAUAGACAAACAGCUUUAAUGCGGCAUAUAAAUUUAAGUAUUACUGCUCUUGAAGCUCUUGCUCAGUAUGGACAAUCUUUGCAAGUAUCUCAAUUAACUGCAUGUAGGGUGCUCGAGAUUAGUCAUCUACUUGCACUUCCUCAACCUGACUCUAUGAAUUCUGAACCUAGCACUGUAAAUUUAACAAUGCAUCUCCACCAGGUAUUGCAAGUGCAGAAAGAAAAUAAAUUAAUGAUCCUGCAAGAUUUGAUGGAACAUUGUUCAAAACACAUAGUACUUCCAAAGCAUUUUAAUGAUCUGAUGAAUAAUAACUGUAUAAGGAAAAAGGACUUUUACAAAGCAACAAAAAACUUCAAAAACUUUCUUAGUAAUUCUAUAUUAUCCAUAUCACAAAUGGAGAAACUACAUCAACAAUACAAUACUAUUCUCAGCAAUUAUCAACGGAGUAGAUGUAUGUUAGACUUGGAAUUACCAAAACUGAUAAACAUGCAUUUGAUGGCACUUUGCGAAGGUUUUGAAAAAAUUACGAAAGUUUUUGACAACAAGGAUGGUGAUAAUGAAAUUGUAGCGUUAUUUAAAUUAAUUAGAGAAAAACUUUAUAUAAAGGAUUCAAAUACAGGUAAUAGAAAUAUGAUAAGAACAUAAUAUAGUAUUUGUGUUUGUCAUAAUUUUAUUUUCAUAUUUAAUAGUAGCAAUAUCCCAUGUCGAGGAUUCAUCCAAACCCAAAUUGUGCCAAAAAUGUAAAAUAAACCAUGUAGAUGAUAAAUAAAUAAAAAAAUAGAUGGCUUAUUCUCCUAUUGCUUUUGGUUCUCUGACUAAGAAAUAUAUAUAUGUAUACAUUAUAUGUAUAUAAUGAUAUAGGGAAAUUGUACAUUUCAUGAAACCUUAUAUUAUGACACUAAUCCUAUUAUUAUAUGUAUAACUGAUAACUAUAAAUUUAUGUUGUAGGAUUUUAAUGUUUAUUGUUUUAAGUAUUGCAUUCUUUUGUAUCAUAUAUUGCAUUUAUAUAUAAUUUGCAUUUAUUUUUGUACCUCUCAUUUAUUUAAAUUUUGAGAUUAUCCACAUUUAGUGAGGAAAACUUUAUAGAAUAAUUAACUAAUUCAUUAUUAUUUUAUUUAAAUUAUUAUUAGUUAAACAGAAAAUCGUUUAUUUUUAACUCAUAAUUUUCCAGAUAGAAAUAAAAUUAAAUUAUUUAAAACUUACCAUUCCUAAAUUGUACAGUGUAGACUGCGUAGAUGAAUUGUACCAUUUGUUAAUAUUUACAUGGGAACAUACUGCUUUUUCUAAAUAGGAACAUUUUUGAGAAAGAAGAAUUUUUGAGUAGAUUGAGAAAGAACAAUGCAAUAACUAAAUAAAUAAGAUGUAACAGACUAUAAGAUGUUAGCUUGUUGCUUAUAGAUAAUGAUAAUAAUAUAUUAAAUUUGUAUUUUGAACGAAACAGUAUCUUACGCGCCAUCUAACUUUAGAGACUUCACUUUAAGGUUAUUUAAAUAAAAAUCUAAAUUAUGGGAAAGAUAGAAUCGCAUUUGAUACAAUAUUACUAAAAAUUCAUUUAUUUUAUAUCCCAUUUGUAUACAAAUAAGGAACACAGCUAUAAAUAUAUAUAAUUGUUGACAUUUUUCAACAAUCGAGACGUAUUGUUUGGUGUACAAAGUGCAUUCACACGAGAUAUUCUUUCACGAAAGUAAGUACAUAUAGCGACAUCGUAUACUUUUUGAUGACGGGGAUGAAUCAAUGGAAAAUCGCGAGAUUCGUUUUGAACGCACCGGUGACACAAGAGGGGCCGGCGUGAAAAAACGAAAGGGCAAGAACAGUGGCGAAAUAUACGGGAGGAAGAAAGAAGUAAGGAUUCGGGGGUGACCCGGUAGUAGAAAAGGAGAAGAGGCGGCGUGAUAAAGAGGGAAGAAGAUAGAGAGAGGGAGUGCGCGCGUGAUCUCUCGGUGGCCGUGUCGCUGCGAAUCGUCAGAAUCGGUCGGUUGUACAGAGACGAGUAUAACCUAUAUCCUGAACGCGGCGCUGUUCCAUUCUCCGUGCCUCCUCCCUGGCGGAUGGCGGCCGCACCUCCUCCUUCUCGUCGAUUUUAAUCUCGUUAGCGAACACGUGCGCGCCCCGCGCCUACAGACCACUAUACGACGACCUACCGUAUCGGGGCUUCGCCAAUCUGGUUUUGUCUAACAGGAUUCUCGAGCGACCGAGGGUUGAUAAAAGGCUGCGUACCGAGCGGGCGCGGCGCGAAUCGCAGGAGGAGUUGCUCCGCUCGAGGUGUGGGCGCUCGUGCAGCACAGGCAAUAACAGCAGACGACCUCGUCAUCGUCUUCUAUUCUGUCGUCCUCGGUUCGUUGUUUCCGUCUACGUUACCUCUCGUAAUCGCGUUCGCUCGUUUGGCAUACGUUCGCGUAUAGGUUGCGUGUGUGCGCGCACACGGUGCAUAUUCAGUGUGAAUCUAUCUCGUCGCGUGUGCGGUACAGAAAGAGUACCCUAAAGAGAGAGAAAGAAAGAGAGAGAGAGUGAGAGAGAGAAAGGAAGAAAAAGAAAGAGAGAGAGGGAGUGAGAGAGUGUGUGAAUUGAAGAAAGAGAGAGAGAUAGGGUAGGAGAACGAAACGAAACAGAGAGGGGGUGAGAGAGAGAAAGAGUGUGAGAAGGAGAUAGAGCGCCGGUGGGUUACCACACCCAACCGCGCCGGGGACCGAGUGAACGAGUGAACGAGCCGUACGAGAGCUCUCUCGCGAGUAGUACGCGGGUACAGCGGGGGACCCAGGGACCGACGGUCGAGAUUCGACGGAGUACAGUCGGGACUCUCUAGAUCUCGAUCCAACGGACCUCGCUCUCGCGAAAAUCCUCUCUCGCUCUCGUCUCACCAGAAUUGUCGAAAUCGCGCUGCGAGCAAAGUGCGCGCGUGUGUCUCCCCCGCUUCCUCGACGUCUCUUGCGAAUGCGUUUCACGUUUCGUCGCAGCAGAACGUGCGUGCGUGAACAAAGAAUAAGGAGAGAAAAGACCGAGAAGGAGGGGCACAUCAAGCAAAGGAAAAGAGAAUAGGAAGAGGUAGAUGGGUCUCGGUUCUAGAGAGAAUCGAGGAAGA